GUGAAGGAGAGGGACAGAAAACAUGGCGACACCGGUAGCAGAGUCGCGUACAUAAUAGUUAUUUAGUUGUGUAAGACAUUGAACAUUAUUAACCUAAAUGUAAAGAACGUGUGAAUUGGGGGAAGGUUGUUCUUUUGAAAGUCUUCAGGAUUUCGGGCCAGCCAGAAACGUCUCUGCAUACUGUUUCUGAAGAGCAGUCCUGUCAUUGAGAAUCUCACUGACAGCAGGCUAACCAGAUUUUCAAUCAAGUGUCAUUGACAUGCUUUGCUGCAAGUGUAUGCGAUUCUCCUGACACAUAAUGGACCCCUUCCAUCUCCGAUGUGGAAACACCAACACACCUCUGCCACAGAGUCUCAGUGCCAACCUAGUCAGAGUGUUUCAUGGCUUUCGCCUUCUUCCCUGCGUCCAUGCAGCUGAAAUCACCCAUCUGCCUGCCGUGCUGGGCAAACCAGACUUGCCUGACACAGGCUGGGACCGCAUCAAAGACCUUUUCGAUACAAGCGAUGGCAACAGGUACUCGGAGGAGGUGACUAACGUCGUCAAGAGCGGCGUGAUGGGGGCGCUGGUGGGCAUGACGUACGGGGGGCUGCCGGGGGCGCGGCACGCACGAAAACGCUUCAUCAAACUCAGCCAGGCCGAAAUGUACACCAGCCGCGUCGAAGCUGUGCGGUCGGCCCAUAAUGCCGCCAUCAGGGGUUUCCUGCGCUAUGGCUGGAGAUGGAGCUGGAGAGUAGCUGCCUUCGUUAUGCUCUUCAACUCUGUGAGCACAGGCCUGUGUGUGUACCGGGACACCAAUGCUCUGGGCUACUAUGCAGCCGCUGGAGCGGUGACAGGAGGCUUGUUCCGUUUGAGUUUGGGUCCAGCUGGGAUGUUUGCCGGGUCCGUUAUCGGAGGACUGCUGGGGCUGCCAGCAGGUGCGUUGAUUGUGGGAGUGCAGAGCCUGGCAGGGGAGACGCUACGAGAGAAGAGGAGGAAGGAACGAAGGGAGCUGUAUGAACUCAAGAUGGCUGAAUGGACUGCCCGUCUCCAGCUCACGGAGGAAAUGGUGGGUGAGAUCACAGGAAGUGGUCAGGACUCUGCUGCCGACCUGAAGAAGAUUGACGAGUUACUAAACCUACCCAGAAACAAGGCUGCCGAGCCAGAGGCCGAGCAAGAGGCCAGCGCCAACCAAUGAGUGAUGGAUGGCCAUGACAAUACCCUCCCCCAGAGACUCAAUAAGAAUCAGGGCAGACACUGGACUGUUGGACUGGGUAUCAUGGGGGAAUUACAUGUUUUUUUAACAGUUGUUAAAGUAUCUCUCUCUCUCUCUCUCUCUCUCUCUCUCUCUCUCUCUCUCUCUCUCUCUCUCUCUCUAUCUGUCUGUAUGAAGACUUCAAUGCAGGCGUGAUAAACGCAUGUCUCAUAUUUCCAACAAUUCAAAGAAAAUUAUUCAUGACUUCACAUAAUAUGGUAAGCUGCUAAUCAGAGAUGGGAUGUGUAUGUGGUUUGCUUGGCCUGCUAUGCUCGAUCUGUGGUAUGUGUAUUAAAGUAUGAAAUUCUUAUCAAUGUGAAACAGAUCACAUGCAUCCCAUGUCUACAUUGCACCCACUUUAUAAUUAAUAAUAUAUUUCUUGUGUCACAAGUGGCAUGCAGUGUUUGUUCAAAUGAAAGCAGAUUAGGAUUCUCUAUGGAAAUGAAGGAUG